CGGCCGAGCGGGCGUGCGGAGGCCGCGGCCGUGACGGGCCCGCUCCGCCGCUCCGCCGCUCUGCGCUCUGCUCCCUGCUCCGCUCCGCUCCGCCAUGCUGGGCGGCUGCCGGCGGGCGCUGCCCGCGGCGCUGGGCCGGGCGCUGCGGGGCCGGGCGGCGGGGCAGGGAGGCCGGGCCGUCAGCACCAGCUGGUGCCCCGUGGGUACCGCCUUCGAUGUGAAGCAGCAGCAGCAGCAGCCGCUGCGCGGCGGUGCGGCGGGCAGGGACACGGGUCUGUUUGGUGUUCCAGAACUGAGCUGUCCAGAAGGAUUUCAAGAAGCACAGGACAAAGCAUUGCAAGAAUCAGAGCAGCUUGUCCAGAAGGCAUGUUCAACACCACCUGGGCCAGAGACUGUAAUGAUCUUUGAUCAGCUUUCAGACAGCCUGUGCAGAGUGGCAGACUUGGCUGAUUUUGUAAAAGUUGCCCACCCUGACUUUGCAUUCAGAGAGGCUGCUGAAGAAGCUUGCAGAAACAUUGGUACUGUGGUAGAGAAAUUAAAUACAGAUGUUGAACUGUGUCAGAGUCUGAGACGUCUGCUAGCUGAUGAAACUGUAUUGAGUUCCUUAGAUCCAGAAACCAGGCGAGUGGCAGAACUUUUUAUGUUUGAUUUUGAGAUCAGUGGCAUUCAUUUGGAUGAAGAAAAGCGUAAAAAGGCAGUCGACCUCAAUGUCAGAAUAUUGGAUUUAUGUAAUGAAUUUCUGAUAGGAACUCACAUUCCCAACAAGAUUGACAAACAUGUGUUGCCAGAGCACAUUCGGUAUAAUUUUACAGCUGAAGGCAAUUACCUACGAAUUGCUGGUCUGCAUGCUGAUUGUCCUGAUGAUCUGGUGCGAGAAGCUGCUUACAAGAUUUUUCUGCACUCCAACACUCAGCAGCUGGCUCGACUGGAGGAGUUGCUUGCAAGCCGGAACAGCCUGGCACAGCUGGUUGGCUACGACACCUUUGCCCACAGGGCUCUUCAGGGAACAAUGGCCAAAAAUCCAGAAACAGUAAGACAAUUUCUGGAGAAGCUUUCUGAGCAGUUGUCUAAAAGAACUAAAAAAGACUUUGAAAUGAUGACAAAGAUGAAAAUGAAGCUCAAUCCCCAUAAUUCAAUGCUGAUGCCAUGGGAUCACCCGUAUUACAGUGGAGUCCUUCGUGCUGAGAGGUACAACAUUGAUCCUGGCUUGUACUGUCCAUUUUUCUCUCUUGGGGCAUGCAUGGAAGGUUUGAACUCUUUGUUCAGUCAGCUCCUAGGGAUCUCUCUCUAUGCUGAACAGACAAAGAGAGGAGAGAUUUGGUCUGAAGAUGUUCGAAAGUUGGCAGUUGUUCAUGAAACUGAAGGUUUGCUAGGGUACAUCUAUUGUGACUUCUUUCAGCGACCUGAUAAACCUCAUCAGGACUGUCACUUUACAGUUCGAGGAGGCAGGCUAAAGGAGAAUGGAGAGUACCAGCUACCUGUAGUCGUUCUUAUGCUGAGCCUUCCCAAUUCAGCAAGGGGUGCACCAACGCUGCUAAGUCCUGGCAUGAUGGAGAAUCUGUUCCAUGAAAUGGGACAUGCUAUGCAUUCUAUGCUGGGGAGAACUCGGUACCAACAUGUCACUGGAACCAGAUGUGCUACUGAUUUUGCUGAAGUUCCCUCAAUUCUGAUGGAGUACUUUGCAAAUGACUAUCGAGUCGUUAACCAGUUUGCAAGGCAUUAUAAAACAGGACAGCCACUACCAAAAAACAUGGUGUCAAGACUAUGUGAGUCCAAAAAGGUGUGUGCUGCAGCUGAUAUGCAGCUCCAGGUUUUUUAUGCUGUCUUGGACCAAAUCUACCAUGGUAAACAUCCUCUAAACAAGUCAACCACAGAAAUUUUAAAGGAAACACAGGAGAAGGUUUAUGGAUUGCCAUAUGUACCCAAUACAGCCUGGCAGCUGCGAUUCAGUCACCUGGUGGGCUACGGUGCCAAAUACUACUCCUACCUCAUGUCCAGGGCUGUCGCCUCUAUGGUGUGGAAACAGUGCUUUGCUCAGAACCCAUUUGAUAGGGCAAUGGGGGAGCGCUAUCGUAGAGAGAUGCUGGCACAUGGCGGUGGAAAGGAGCCCAUGCUGAUGGUGCAAGGUAUGCUGCAGAAAUCCCCUUCAGUUGAAGAUUUUGUGGAUGCCCUUGUUUCAGACUUAGACCAUGACUUUGAAACUUUUAUCAUGGACUCAUAACAACAGAACUGAAUUCUUUUACGGAAGAUUGCGUAUGUCUUCAAAAUUGUGGAUAAAAUAUUUUUGUGACUGGUUUUGCUUUUUGGUGAACACUUUUAGAGUUUGACUGUUCAUGUUGGUGGAACGCUAAUAAAUACUUUCAUUGGA